AAGACAAAAGGCCUUCCCUCUAAUUGCCACUAAACAAUGAGGUGUAUUUAAAUGUUUCUAGUCUUGUGCAUUCUGUGGUGUGGCAAAGAAAGGAAAUUUAUGAUUUUUCGUGCAAUUUUCACUGUUACAAAAGAGACACGAGGCAAAGAAAUCGAUAAAAGAGCGAAAAGAGCGCUUCUCUGUGGAAAAUUCUGACGAAGGGAAAAGUGAAGAAAUGUAAUCCUUAUUUAAUGGGAGAAAAAGAAGCUUUGCUUUCAAUAUGUCUUCUUUAUUUAAAAUACAAAUUGACUCCUCACCCUUGGCACAGGAUGGGGUGUGCAAAUGGUUGCGUAAGUGAUUUUCGCAUCACAGAGUCAGUCCGAUGCUCGUCACCCCUUGAAAAUGUGUGAAAACUGAUUGAAAACGAUGAGGUGAAAGUGUGAAAUGGGGACAAAAAGCAGCAUGAGGAGAGGCGUUAUGUAAAAUCACAAAAAUAAACUUGCGAGAAAAUCACAAAAGUCUUCCAAGGAGGUUUUUCUCCAAUACAUAUAUAAUCAAUUCAUCUUUCGUCAAGGGAUUCAGUUUUAGUUGAGAUCCCAGGGAUGAAUCAAGUGUUAUUCUGUGAGAGUUUCUAAAUAAAUGUAGUAAAAGAAGUCUUCCAUGAAAAUUUUUGCUAUAAAUAAAUAAAGAUAAGAAGUAAAUGUAUUUAAGAAGAAAGUGAGAAUUCUUGAGUAUAAAUUCAUAGUCUUCCAAAAAUAAUAAUAAUAAUAAGUAAAAAAAAAGAGAAAAUAUGGAAAACGGAAAAGAAGUGUGGAGUGAAACGGUGGCAACGAUAAAGAAUGGCAGUGUCUUGGCAUGUCACAUUGAGACGACGGAACAUUGUCAGAAGAUUGGAAGGAAGUUCACGCCAAAAGCCUUCCGCAGACUCAGAGCGAAGAGGCCCAAGAAUUUCUUCGAGCAUGACAAUCGCUUGCUCUCCCAGAAUCAUCAUCCGAGGAAAUUCUUCCCUCUGGACGACAGUGAAGACUCAGAAUCGCCGGUUCCGGUGAAGUCUUUCGUGUCGCAUGACUUUCCCAAUGCAAAGAUCACAUUUCGGCCCAAAGGUGGUCAGAAGAAGUUGAUGCAAAUGAACAGCAAAAUGCGGCGCGUGGUGCAAUACAGGCAGAACAGGAUGAAGAGGAAGGCGGGCGUCCAGAAUGCACGCUGCUGCUGCCACUGCGCAUGCUUCAAGAAGCCCGCCGUGGCGAAGAAGUGCAACGCCAAGGCGGCGGGAGCUCAUGCAGUCAGGGGAAGGAAUGCCAGAGGGAUGAAUCGCUCGAAGCGUGGCAAAUUCAACGGGUGCAAGUCUGUUAGAGUCCGCGAGACUCAUCAAGUUGCCGCGGCGCAGCAGGAGAAGAAUGCAAGGCUGAGGGAGGCUUUUGGCAUUUCGGAGUACUUCAUGGAGGGCACAAGUCUGGAUCCUGAGCGCAAAGCCAAGGAGGAUCUGGCCAAAAGCAUGGCUCUCCAGGCUGAAUUGAUGGCGCAGAAGGAGGCGGACAGGCUGAGGAACAAAAAGUACACGCUGGUGAAGACGCCGUCGCCGGAAAAGGAGGAGCCGAAGGAGAAGAAGAAAAAGAAGAAAAAGACGCGCGAUGUAUCAUCCAGUCCAGAGCGGAAGAAGGAGAAAAAGUCAAAGAAGUCAAAGAAGAAGAAGGAAAAAUCGAAAAAGCGGAAGAGCUCAAAGAAGGCAAAAGCUGACUCGGGCAGUGACUCAUCGGGCGAUUCGUCGGAUUCUGACGAUUCGGAUAGUGAGGAUGAUCGCAAGAGGAAGAGAUCCUCGAAGAAAGACAAGAAAAAGAAAUCCAAGAAGAAGAAACGCUCAGAAUCAGAAAAAUCCAGAAGCAGCUCUCCUGAGGUCAGCAAGAAACGCUCGUCGAAGCAUCAGGACAAGCGACGACGCGAGGAAGUGGAGAAGAAGAGUGAUCGUCGGGAGAAGCAUGAGAGUCGUCGAAAGGAUCGCGAAGAUUCGCGUGAGAAGAAGAAGUCAUCGCCACGUCGAGCAGCGUCACCGCGAUCGCGGAAGAAGAGUCCAUCGCCAAAGCGCUCCAAGUACAGUCAGAAGUCCUCGAGUCCGGCGAGAGAUCAUCGCCAGCGAUCGGGAUCUGAUGAGCGACGGCGAAAGGGACGUCGUCGCAGUGUGACGCCGGCAAAGGAGAGCCGCAGGAGGGCUUCGAGAUCGCGCUCGGCACAGAGAUCACGGUCGCCAAGGCGUAACAGGUCGCGUGAGCGUAAGAAUCGCACGCCCAGUCCGAGGGUGACAAAGAGGAAGCCACAGGAAGAGUCUCGUGAGAGUAAAUCGCCAUCGCGCAAGCGAAGUCGCGUAUCAGGAGAGCGAAAGAAGAGAUCGCCAUCGGUUGAGACUGGGAAAAUGAGGCGAAAGCCAGCUGAAGAUCCCAGACCGACGACUUCCAGGAGUGGCAGGGAUGAGGAUGUCAAGAGAGUGAGUUCUAAGCGUAGAUCACGGUCGGGAUCGAGUAACUCAUCAGCGCUGAGUUAUUCGCCGGCACGACGUAAUCCUGAACGAUACAAGGAAAUUCUACAACGAAAGGCAGAUGAGAAGAAGGUGCAGAGCAAGACGCCGCCGAGGAAGAGACAGCCAAGUCGUGGCAGGACGCCAUCGCCGCCCAAGAGGAGUGUUGACAAGUCGAGUGUUAAGUCACGAUCGCGCUCGAGGGAGAGGAAGCGCGCACCUCUGAAGCCUGUCGUGCGCGUGCAGACGCUGGCCGAGAGGGAGGAGAGUGCUGACAGUACAGAGGAGGCGCGUGGAGCCAGAGACUAUCCGGAAGCUGAUCUGUUUAUGAAGCGAAUUGACUUGGAACCGAAGGAUCUCGACUUGCUGAUUGCGCUGAAAAGUGGCCUGGCGGCAAAGGCGAAGGAGACAAUUGAGAAGAAGCGCACGAAUGAGUCCACAACACCUCAGGCUCAUUCCUCGCGUAUCCCGAUCAGUGUGCCACUGUCUCUGCCCCAGGUGGCAAUGGCGGCGUCCAGUGGGGAGAAGUUGGUGGAGUUUCAGCAACGAACGUCAUCGUCUUCCUCCUCUUCGGCGUCCUCAUCAUCAGGCUCUUCGUCAUCCGACUCAGAUGACGAGAGUCCGCGAAAGCCGGAGAAAGCGAAGAUCAUGAUCACGCCGUUUAAGAUCAACGAGCGCGCCUCGCCCAAGAGGAAGCCAGACGAGAAGGUGGACACUCCGCCAAGCAAGCCGGCGAAGCCAAGUCCGCAUCCUGUGCAGAACUCACCGAAGCCCAAGAUAGAUUCAACGUCGGGAAAUGCUCAGAAUCAGGGGAGGAAGUCGAGAAGUCGAUCAAGAUCGUCUAAAAGAUCUCGCUACUCUUCAUCGUCGAGUGGCUCAAGCACUGGCAGUUCAGCUUCCAGGAGUCACUCGUCGCGCUCCAGCCGCUCGGGCAGCAGGAGCAGCAGCUCUGGGAGUUCCUCAGCAUCCUCCAGGCGGUCACGAUCGCGCUCUACUGAUCGCUCACGAUCACCAUCGAUUCCACGUCGACGAGGAUCACCAAGCUUCCUGGAUCGGCGCCGGAUCACGAGCGCACGGAAGCGGCCGAUUCCCUAUCAUCGACCGACGCCCUCGAGUCCGUCGAGUGGCAGCAGCUACAGCUCUGCAUUCAGUCGCGUCGGCUCCAGAAGCAAGAGUCGCACGGCGUCGCCGCACUAGAUGACUAACAGAAAUGCCAUCGUAAUCUAACAGCAAUCAGCAAUUUAAUGUGUUUAGGAUUGAAUGUAUCCACUAGUGGACUGUCCUCUCACUCCCCCUCAAAUCCAACAUUCCCAUCUUCACACACUCACGCACCCCUGAAGAAUCUAGUCUAGAGUUGUUUUCUAACGCUUGUUUUUCGUGCAAUUUCCUCUUAAUCACACACGCUCAAAGUGUCUCAUGAUUUUUUUUUCCCUUUUUCAAAAACUAAUUUAUUUCCAAUGCAUGAUAUUUUGUAACAAACACCAUAAAAAUGCUCCAAAAGCUACUCGCCCAGCAGUAAAAGAAUAUAUAAAAAGUAUGGAAUAUAUCGAAAAAUCAAACAAUUAAAA